GCGCGUGGCUUUCCGGCUCCACUACAUGAGUGUUGGCACACUGAUGGCAAAUCAUCAGAGUGCAUCUUCAUUUUUUUUCAUAAUUUCACGAUUUGAACUGUACGAUCCCGACUCCUCUCCCCUCUCCUCCCGCAUCCACCGGUGUUCGGUGCGAGUGUGCGGAGCUGCGGGCUGUGCCGGGUGCGCAGAGACCGUGCGCUCCUAUAGCGGCUGCGCUGUUGGAACCGCGAGGGAGGCGAGACAGAGAGGAGGAGGCGGAUGUCGCGCUGACUUGUAGUAGUGUGAGUGUUCCCUUACAGUGCCAUACCCCGGGCCAAGCACAUGGGUCUUCUGGGAGCUGGGCCCCUUUGUAAUGAAACAACUUUUUGGGAAGGCGUUAAGAGUUGGAGGCUGGUUCGCCGCCGAGCCAUGUGUUGAACUGAGGAGACGCCGCCGGAGAUUCUGAAAGGUGCCAAAGACGCGUCCCGAGGCACCGAGGACACGCGGAGAAGUGUGUGUGUGUGUGUGUGUGUGUGUGUGUGUGUGGAACUCCUCACCCGACAGGCUCCGUGGGCUUCAUCUCCCACACCAGGUCCUCCUGGAGGAGCGGCGCAGACUGCGGAUGAACUCGCGGGGCAGACGGGGAUAAGACGCAAACGCCGACAGUUGGGUGGAUAUUCGCCCCCCGGGCAGCUCCGGGUGAACCACGCUGCUGAAUGGAUCCUCUCUGUGUCUGGACACCUCCAACUGGCUGUUGUCAGUGACCGGGACCUCCUGCGCGACUCCCAGGGACACGGGACGGACUCGGCUCGUCGCCGUGGACACAUUGAUCGCGUUGUGCGUUGAAUUCGAGGAUUUGCGCGCCCGCCGUGGAUGUUUAAUAUGCUAGUAUGGGUCCGCUAGCGUUCAUCCUUGUUGGUGGAUUACUGUAUUUUCAAGCUGAUGGAUCCCGUCUGCGCCAGGAGGACUCCCCACCCCGGAUUGUGGAGCACCCCUCUGACCUGAUCGUAUCCAAAGGGGAGCCCGCCACUCUCAACUGUAAGGCAGAGGGGCGGCCCACCCCAACAGUGGAGUGGUACAAGGAUGGAGAGCGGGUGGAAACGGACAAAGACGACCAACGUUCCCACCGCAUGCUGCUGCCCAGUGGCUCGCUUUUCUUCCUCCGUAUCGUUCAUGGAAGGCGGAGCAAACCGGACGAGGGAGCCUACGUCUGCGUGGCACGGAACUACCUGGGAGAAGCUGUCAGCCGUAAUGCAUCACUGGAAGUAGCAUUGCUGCGAGAUGACUUCAGACAAAACCCCACAGACGUGGUGGUGGCAGCAGGAGAGCCAGCCAUUCUCGAGUGUGUUCCUCCCAGAGGCCAUCCUGAACCCACCAUCUACUGGAAGAAGGACAAAGUGCGAAUUGAUGACAAGGAUGACAGGAUCACUAUCCGAGGAGGGAAACUCAUGAUCUCCAACACAAGAAAGAGUGAUGCCGGCAUGUACAUCUGUGUGGGCACCAACAUGGUCGGAGAACGGGACAGCGAGACGGCACAAGUCACAGUGUUUGAGCGACCAACUUUCCUCCGGAGGCCCAUCAACCAGGUUGUCCUGGAAGAGGAGACAGUGGAGUUUCGCUGCCAGGUACAAGGAGACCCCCAACCCAAUGUACGCUGGAGGAAAGAUGAUGUUGAUGUCCCUCGAGGGAGGUAUGAGAUCAAGUAUGACAAGGACGACUAUGUGCUGAGAGUGAAGAAGGCUUCCGUUAACGACGAGGGCAUGUUCACCUGUAUGGCAGAAAACCGCGUGGGGAAGCUGGAGGCCUCCGCCACUCUCACAGUCCGAGCCCGCCCUGUCGCUGCACCCCAGUUCGUCAUCCGUCCAAGGGACCAAAUUGUGGCUCAAGGCCGCACUGCCACCUUCCCAUGUGAAACCAAAGGAAACCCUCAGCCUGCUGUCUUCUGGCAGAAGGAGGGAAGUCAGAAUUUGCUCUUUCCAAACCAACCCCAGCAGCCCAGCAGUCGCUUCUCAGUGUCGCCCAGCGGAGACCUCACCAUCUCAUCUGUGCAGCGGGCUGAUGCUGGUUACUAUAUCUGCCAGGCCCUGACCGUUGCAGGCAGUAUCCUCGCCAAGGCUCAACUGGAGGUCACAGAUGUGCUCACAGACAGACCGCCGCCCAUUAUUCGCCAAGGCCCAUCCAAUCAGACACUUGGGGUGGACAGUGUGGCGCUGUUGAAGUGCCAGGCGUCAGGAGACCCCAUCCCCUCCAUCAGCUGGCUGAAGGAUGGGGACAGUCUGCUGGGAAAGGACCCCCGCAUGUCUCUGCAGGAGCUGGGCAGUCUGCAGAUCAAAAACAUUAAGCUUUCAGACUCUGGGAUCUACACAUGUGUGGCCACCAGCUCCAGCGGUGAAACAUCAUGGAGCGCUUUCUUGCAAGUCAAAGAAUCAGGUGGCGUGUUGGUCACAAAGAACCAUGAUGAAAACGAGCUUCCAGGCCCACCAUCAAAACCUCAGGUCACUGACGUCACCAAGAACAGUGUGUCUCUGUCCUGGCAGCCGGGGAUGGUCGGAGCUUCGCCGGUCUCCUCCUUUGUCAUUGAAGCCUUCAGUCAAUCAGUGAGCAACAGCUGGCAAACAGUAGCAGACCAUGUCAAAACCACCCAGUUCACUGUCAAAGGUCUCCGCCCCAACACCAUCUACCUGUUCAUGGUACGAGCAGUCAACAGCCAGGGCCUCAGUGACCCGAGCCCCAUGUCGGAGCCGGUCAGAACACAAGAUAUAAGCCCUCCAGCUCAGGGCGUCGACCACAGGCACGUACAGAAGGAGCUGGGCGAGGUCAUAGUUCGGUUGCACAACCCCGUUGUCCUGAGUCCCACAACCAUCCAGGUCACAUGGACGGUGGAUCGUCAGUCCCAGUUCAUCCAGGGUUACAGAGUUCUGUACAGGCAGACAUCAGGGCUGCCUUCACCAGGACCCUGGCAGACGCAGGACGUGAAGGUCCCCUCUGAGCGUAGCGUCGUCCUCUCUGCACUCAAGAAAGGGAUUGUGUAUGAGAUCAAGGUUCGGCCUUAUUUCAACGAGUUUCAAGGCAUGGACAGUGAAUCCAGGACAGCGCGGACGACCGAAGAAGCUCCCAGUGCCCCUCCUCAGCAGGUUACAGUCCUGACCGUGGGAAACCAGAACAGCACUUCCAUUAGCAUCUCCUGGGACCCCCCUCCAUCAGACCACCAGAACGGCCUCAUACAGGAGUACAAGAUCUGGUGUUUAGGUAAUGAGACACGUUUCCAUGUGAAUAAGACCGUGGACGCAGCCAUUCGCUCUGUGGUGGUGGGUGGGCUGCAGGUGGGAGUGGUGUACCGAGUGGAAGUAGCUGCCAGCACAAGUGCUGGUGUUGGAGUGAAGAGUGAACCUCAGUCUAUCAUCAUCGGUAAGGAGUUUCGGGACGUGAUUAUACAUGGAAACCGGAACAACAGCAUCACAGAGCAGAUCACUGAUGUUGUGAAGCAGCCUGCGUUUAUCGCCGGUAUUGGAGGCGCCUGCUGGGUCAUCCUCAUGGGCUUCAGCAUCUGGCUCUACUGGAGGAGAAAGAAGAGAAAGGGUCUGAGCAACUACGCAGUUCAGUCCUUCACCUUCACCCCUGCAGUGACAUUCCAGAGAGUUGACGGCGGUCUGAUGAGCAACGGAAGCCGGCCAGGGCUGCUGAAUGCCGGUGACCCAGGCUACCCCUGGUUAGCAGACUCUUGGCCAGCCACCAGCCUGCCUGUCAACAGCAGCUCCGGGGGACCCAAUGACCUGAGUAACUUUGGGCGAGGAGAUCUCCCCACCGGUCAAGGGGAUAAGACAGGCACCAUGCUCUCUGACGGAGCCAUCUACAGCAGCAUAGACUUCACCACCAAAGCCAACUACAACAGCUCUGGCCAAACAUCCCAGGCCACUCCCUAUGCCACCACUCAGAUUCUCCACUCUAGCAGUAUCCAUGAGCUGGCUGUCGACCUGCCAGAGGCCCAGUGGAAGGCCUCACUCCAGGCCAAGCAGGAGAUGGCCAGCCUGGGCUACUCCCUGCCCGACAAGAAUUCCUGCAACAACACCCUCCUUUUCAUUCCCGACUACCGAUUGGCCGAAGGAUUGUCUAAUAGAAUACCACACAACCAAUCACAAGAUUUCAGCACCACCAGCUCUCACAACAGCUCAGAGCGAAGCGGCAGUCUCUCAGGUGGAAAGGGAGGAAAGAAGAAGAAGACCAAGGCUGGUUCCAAACCCAACAAAGCCAAUGGGUCCAGCUGGGCCAAUGUUCCCCUGCCCCCUCCCCCUGUUCACCCUCUUCCUGGCACUGAGAUGGACCAUUACCCCAAUGAGCACCACGAGGGAGGAGGGUAUGAGAGUGAUGGCUGGGGCCCCCCCAUGCCUGUGCAGACCUAUCUUCACCAGGGCAUGGAGGAUGAGCUGGAGGAGGAGGAGGAGAGGGUUCCCACUCCACCCAUCCGAGGAGUUGCCUCUUCCCCGGCUGCUGUGUCCUUCGGACAGCAGUCCACCGCUACGCUCACCCCUUCUCCUCGGGAUGAGAUGCAGCCCAUGCUCCAGGCCCAUUUGGAUGAGCUGACGAGAGUGUACCAACUGGACAUGGCAAAACAGACAUGGCACAUGCAGGGAGGCUCUCUCCCUCCUCAGGCUCCGGCUCCUCCAGUGGGCUACGUGUCGAGCACAAUGGUUUCUGAUCAGGAGACUGACCUGCCUGAUGAGGAGGAGGAAGAGGAGGAGGAGGAGGAUGAAGGCUAUGGAGCCAGGCAUCCCCGCGGUAUUGAGCACACACCAGGGUCGAGCAUGGACAACCUGGACAGCUCCUUAACAGGGUCCAUGGUGAAUGGUUGGGGCUCAGCCUCGGAGGAUGAUCGUUAUUUCUCCAGCCAUAGGUCCAGUUUGGGCAGUUCGUCUGACGGCUCCAUCUUUACCCACUGCAGCUUUGCCCAGGCCCUAGUGGCCGCUGCAGACAAAGCAGGCUACCACCUGGAGGGCACUAGCCUCAGCAAGAGAGGUAAAGGCUUGUCCCACAGGCCCCGACCCAGCAGUCCUUUCUCAACAGAUGGCAGCACAGUCGGCACACACAGCCUGGGCCACCAGAGAGCCGCCAGGCCCACACGCAAACCCCGAAGCCAGGGCACAGCACCCCACCGGAGAGAUGCUGGUGCAGACGCAGACCUACCUCCUCCACCCGAGCCUCCUCCCUGUCAGGGGCAGAGCCGUAUCCAGGGGGCCCGAAGUGGAAGCAGCAUGGUGCCCCCCGCAGACAGGAAGGCUUCUUCUCUGGAGCGCCCGCCGAUGUCAGGACCCCUGCCUGGGCCGGAUGACAUGAAGAGCUCCAUUGACAGACAUACGCGCACUUCUCUGGAACAACAUCGCCAGGCUCAAGACAGGCUGGGCUCCAUGGACCGGGCUGACGACGGGCGCAGGGGACACAAAACAGAGGAGGGGUGCCUGCCAUACAACAAGCCAUCGUUCCCGUCCCCUGGCGGACACAGCUCCUCCGGCACGGCCUCCUCCAAGGGCUCGACGGGGCCGCGCAAGGCCGAGGGUCCACGACAGCCACAACAGUGGACCGCCACCGAGCACGCUGAUUUCCUGGGGACCAAUGGACAGGGACAGUACUCGGGGGAGUUAUAGUGAUCUGCCUGCGAUGUGAACGAGAGAAAACGCAGUCUGUCCACGAAAGAAUGACGCCCUCCUUGUUGGGGCAACGAACUUUGUCCUCACCUGUGUGAUCUCGGAGAGAAGGGGUGCAGCCGAGGGCACUACGGAGAAAAGCAGUGUCACAGAACUGUAAAUGUGAUGUAUAGACACAGACAUACUGUACAUCUCACUAUGUUUUUCGUCCUCAAGAAAAUAUUUUCCACCUCCUACCUUACUUUAAUUUUUUUUUGUUAGAAAAAGGCAAGUUUUAAAAAAAAGAAAGAAAAAAAAGAAAACAUCUAUGAGAACAAAUUUUCUGGUAACUGCCCUUGGGGGGAAAAAAAGGGAAAUUCUCUUUCCUGUAAAUAUAUUCGUUAACCUGUUGUUGCAUUGCUAUGCAAGCCUGAUUCAGUUUGAGCUUUUUAUUUCCAUAUACAGGAACAGUUGGUUUUAUCUGGUUAUUUGUAUUAUAUGUGAAUUGGGUGGCUGUUGUGCCAUAAAAUCAUUGUUUUAUAAUCCAUUGUUUGUUAAUAGUUACCAUAAUUAUUAUCCAUAUUAUAAUUAAUUAUUGUUUUUGCACUGCAACUUUUGGUGAUAAGCACAAAAAACAUAGCUCCUGCUGACAUGAAGAACCGGAAGAAUAUGUGAAGAGGAGUUUCUGUACUGUAAAGAGAAGAAAAUUAUAUACUAAUGUACAGAGAGAUAUUAAAGAGUAAGGCUUUGCUGACGGACGGCGACAGAUGAGGUUCCCACUUCCACAGUUGGGACUAAUUGGGUGGCAGACACACACGGUUCCCGAGGUCUGAAGAGCAGAUAUGAGGCUGGAAGAACUGUACGCAGAGGAUACUGUCUUACUGUAGGUGACCGAGUUGAUCCUUUGAUUCUAGUUAGCGCUUCUACAUCAGAAACAUUUGGUGUUCGUGGUUUUUGCGUAGCCCCAGGCUUUCUUGUUUUCACAAAAAGACUGAGGGAGUUUUUCUUUUUUCUUUUUUUUAUUCUUUAUUUUUAAGUUAUGGUCUCCAAGCAUUUCAAGUUUCUUUUGUUUUCCUUUUCUGAUUUACUGCCCAAAUCAUUUUAGCCAUGCUUAGUUUACGCUCCUCGUUCAGUAUAACAGGACACAAACCAUAAAACAGUCAACAGGAAGGAGGAGUCGGUGGAAUCUGUCCGCAUGCUGUAGCUCAGUCAUAGCACUUACAGUCAGAUUUAUGAUUCCUCUCAGGCCUUAAUAGGUACGCAGACAUCACGGGCUAAAGAAGAAUUGAUUGUGAUCGGUAGCGAGUAGACAUCCAAAAAUAUCAGUGGCUCAUUUGUUUACAUCUUGUAAUUUUUUUUUUGUUGUCUUUUAUUUCCAUCCAUAUAAGAUAUUGUUUGCCUUUUAGAGCACUUACUUUUUUAUGUGUAUUAUAUUACACUGUACUGUGUCAUAACAACACAUUUGCCUGUUGGGUCCAGCUAAGUGCUGUUAAAUUAGGUGAUCUAUUGAAUCCGCCGCUCUAAAAAGUGGUGCCUGCGUUACCAGCGUCCUGUGAUCAGCACAGUGUUGUGUGAGUUACUCUGAGGAAGAAAUGGCGUGUGUGCGAUUUUACAAUUUAGCUUUGAGUCAGUGUCUGAUCCCGAACGGUGGAGUGGUGGCGGAGAAAAGCCUUGUAUAUUAACCAGCAGGUCCUACUGCUUCAUGUCUACAGCCACACAGUGGAGCAGGACACUUUCUAUCUGCCCGCCCGCCACAAAACACUCACUUUCGCUCUUACGACUCCUCCGCCUCUGAAUUUUGAAUUCUCGUCUCUCUCGACAACGUUUUUAUUGGUUGUCCUUUAUUAACGAACAGCUCCUUUUCUUUGUAUGCCUUCUACGAACUUCAAAACCGCGGAUUAUGACAAACGUUUUUAAUAUUAAUGUUCAGGAUUUUUGUGGUUUCGAUGACUGUUUGUUUUGUCUUUUUUUGUACUGCUAAUGUUGAUAAAAAGGGGGGUGGAAACUAAAGGCUGCCAGAUGCUGUUGUACUGUUGUUGUCAUGCCAUCGUCAUUUUUCUGUCAUCCGCCCAGUGGCCAGUGUCCUGGAAAUGAGGUGCAAAGAGUAUCUCAGGUUAUUUUACAUUCUGCUGGUGUUUAUGUAUGUGUAUAUAUGUGUAUAUAUCCACAAACAUCUCCACUUGAUAAAGCCAUUCCAUUGUCAUUGACGAUAAUUAAUCCCUCUCAUGUCUGAGUCCUUCAUCUCCUCUUUUUCUUUUUUCUGCUGUGGAUAUUGAUUCUGAGUAUCAUGUUCUGGUUCAUCCACCUAAAGACAAGAUGUCAGUAAAAGAACAUACCAAAUUAAGAUUGAUAUUUCUAAUGUCUAUUGCGUUUUCGUGUCUCUUUAGUACUCAUUGUUUUCUUUUAAAUCACAGUGUCGUUUUGUAUUUAUUAAAAUGAUAAUAAAAGUAUAUUGUGAAAUAUGCAUAAAGAUUCGUGAGAUAUAAAAUGUGUUUUUGUUUAUUUUGUUCUUCUUUUUUUUGUUCCUUGUAAAGUUUGCUGUCAGAGCCGAGCAGCGAGGCCAUAAGGAGAUGAUAGGCACACUGUGCUCAGAGCAUGGUGAAGUCCCGGAGUCAGUAGUCGUCUGAGUCACUCUUCGUCCUGCAUGUUCACCACACUGCUCCUCUCAUGUCAAAACUAAAGAAACGGAAAACCUUUCUGAACACAUGAGCAGAAUAGUAAUGCUCACAAUUUGCUUGUCAAGACAAUUGAGAAAACGUCUUUUUGGAAGGAUGAAAGUACUUUGGCUUUCCCUCACUUUCGUUCAUUUUCUCAAUAUUGUUGUUUUUUGUAGCCUAUCUGUGUUUUGCCUUUUUGCUAUAAAAUAAGAUUAAAAAUGACAAAAA